CCGCCAAACCUUCCAACACGAUGAAAAGAACUGUGUUUGUGCUACUUUUAUGUGCUACCGUCGUGUCUCAAAAUGAACCUCCAUCCUGGUCAGCAUCCUCGGAGUUUGAUUCAAUUCACUCAGCUGAUCGCGCAGAUAUCAACACUCGCGAGACUGCAGAUGCAGCAGGCGGAUGGGCAGCAGCAACCAAUGACCAGGACCAAUGGCUGAUGAGGGACCUUGGUGAUGUAAGCGUCAUCACCGGCGUCAUCACCAAAGGCAGGAACUACAGCCCUGAUUGGCCACCUGGCAUACAUGACCAAUACGUCACAUCCUACACCAUUUCAUACGGGAAUGAAACCGGUGAUGAGACUUACUACACCAAUGCUGAUGGGCAAGUUACUGUUUUUCCGGCGAAUGACGACAGGGACGGAGCGGUCUACAACGACUUCGGAGACUUCAGUGGCCACAUAACUGCGCGCUUCGUCAAGAUCCAUCCGCAAACAUGGCAUCAGCACAUCUCCAUGCGGGCAAGGAUUGUGAUAGACAUCAACGACUGUGAUCCCAACCCCUGCGACUACGGCUCCUGUACUGAUGGCGUGAACAGUUACACUUGUGCCUGUCAAGCUGGAUGGACAGGAAGAAAAUGCAACAGAGAUAUUGACGACUGUACACCUGACCCCUGUCAACACGGCACCUGUGCUAAUAGUGUGAACAGCUACUCCUGCACGUGUCAAUUUGGAUGGACGGGAAGAAACUGCCAAACAAACAUCAACGAGUGUGCGCCCGACCCCUGUGACCACGGCUCCUGUACUGAUGGCGUGAACAACUACACCUGCGCCUGUGAAGCUGGGUGGACUGGAGCAAACUGCAACAUAGAUAUUGACGAAUGUGCGUCCAACCCCUGUCAACACGGCACCUGUGCUGACAGUGUGAACAGCUACUCCUGCACGUGUCACUUUGGAUACACAGGAACACACUGUGAAACAGACAUCAACGACUGUACGCCCAACCCCUGUGACCACGGCUCUUGUACUGAUGGCGUGAACAGUUACACUUGUUCCUGUCAACCUGGAUGGACAGGAACGAACUGCAACAUAGAUAUUGACGAAUGUGCCUCCAACCCCUGUCAACACGGCACCUGUGCUGACAGUGUGAACAGCUACACCUGCACGUGUCAGUUUGGAUACACAGGAACACACUGCCAAACAGACAUCAACGAGUGUGUACCCAACCCCUGUGACCACGGCUCCUGUACUGAUGGGGUGAACAGCUACACUUGUACCUGUGAAGCCGGAUGGACUGGAACAAACUGCAACAUAGAUAUUGACGAAUGUGCCUCCAACCCCUGUCAACACGGCACCUGUGCUGACAGUGUGAACAGCUACUCCUGUACGUGUCAGUUUGGAUACACAGGAACACACUGUGAAACAGACAUCAACGACUGUGUACCCAACCCCUGUGACCACGGCUCCUGUACUGAUGGUGUGAACAGUUACAAUUGUUCCUGUGAAGCUGGAUGGACAGGAACAAAAUGCAACAUAGAUAUUGACGAAUGUGCCUCCAACCCCUGUCAACACGGCACCUGUGCUGACAGUGUGAACAGCUACUCCUGCACGUGUCAGUUUGGAUACACAGGAACACACUGCCAAACAAACAUCAACGACUGUGUACCCAACCCCUGUGACCACGGCUCCUGUACUGAUCGAGUGAACAGCUACACUUGUACCUGUGAAGCCGGAUGGACAGGAACAAACUGCAACAUAGAUAUUGACUACUGUACGUCCAACCCCUGUCAACACGGCACCUGUGCUGACAGUGUAAACAGCUACUCCUGCACGUGUCACUUUGGAUACACAGGAAUACACUGUCAAACAGACAUCAACGACUGCGUACCCGACCCCUGUGACCACGGCUCCUGUACUGAUGGUGUGAACAGCUACACUUGUACCUGUCAAGCUGGAUGGACUGGAACAGACUGUAACAUAGAUAUUGACGACUGUACGCCCAACCCCUGUCAACAUGGCACCUGUGCUGAUAGUGUGAACAGCUACUCCUGCACGUGUCAGUUUGGAUACACAGGAACACACUGCCAAACAGACAUCAACGACUGUAUUCCCGAUCCCUGUGACCACGGCUCCUGUGCUGAUGGAGUGAACAGCUACACUUGUACCUGUGAACCUGGAUGGACUGGAACAGACUGCAACAUAGAUAUUGACGAAUGUACGUCCAAUCCCUGUCAACACGGCACCUGUGCUGACAGUGUGAACAGCUACUCCUGCACGUGUCAGCCUGGAUACACAGGAACUCACUGCGAAACAGACUAUGAUACCACGCAAGAAACAAGAUUCACAAAAGUCACAUUUUCUUAAUAGUUAUAUUUUUUAUUUUUGUCUGUUGGAUACCCAGAUAUUGACGACUGUACGUCCAACCCCUGUCAACACGGCACCUGUGCUGACAGUGUGAACAGCUACUCCUGCACAUGUCAAUUUGGAUACACCGGAACACACUGUGAAACAGACAUCAACGACUGUGCGCCCAACCCCUGUGACCACGGCUCCUGUACUGAUGGAGUGAACAGCUACACUUGUACCUGUCAACCUGGAUGGACAGGAACAAACUGCAACAUAGAUAUUGACGAAUGUGCCUCCAACCCCUGUCAACACGGCACCUGUGCUGAUGGUGUGAACAGCUACUCCUGCACGUGUCAAUUUGGAUACACAGGAACACACUGCCAAACAGACAUCAACGACUGUUCGCCCAACCCCUGUGACCACGGCUCCUGUACUGAUGGUGUGAACAGCUACACUUGUACCUGUGAACCUGGAUGGACUGGAACAGACUGCAACAUAGAUAUUGACGAAUGUGCGUCCAACCCCUGUCAACACGGCACCUGUGCUGACAGUGUGAACAGCUACUCCUGCACAUGUCAGCCUGGAUACACCGGAAUACACUGUCAAAUAGACAUCAACGACUGUGUACCCAACCCCUGUGACCACGGCUCCUGUACUGACGGCGUGAACAGCUACACUUGUACCUGUGAACCUGGAUGGACAGGACCAAACUGCAACAUAAAUGUUGACGAAUGUUCGUCCAACCCCUGUCAACACGGCACCUGUGCGGACAGUGUGAACAGCUACUACUGCACGUGUCAAUUUGGAUGGACGGGAACAGACUGUGAAAUAGAUAUUGAUGAGUGUGCGCCUGUCCCCUGUGACCACGGUACCUGUGUGGACGGUGUUAACAGUUAUACCUGCAGCUGUGAAGCUGGAUGGACUGGGACAGACUGUCAAAUAGAUCUUGAUGACUGUGCGUCUAGCCCCUGUCGACACGGUGCCUGUGCCGAUAGCGUGAACAGCUACUCUUGUUUCUGUCAAUUUGGAUGGACGGGGACGCACUGUGAAACAGAUAUCGAUGACUGCACACCUGACCCUUGUGACCACGGCACCUGCAUAGAUGGAGUAAACAGCUACACCUGCACCUGCCAGCCUGGGUGGACAGGACAAGACUGUCACAUUGACAUCUAUGACUGCACACUCUACCCCUGUGACCACGGCAGCUGCGCAGAUGGAGUAAACAGCUACACCUGCACCUGCCAGCCUGGAUGGACAGGACAUGACUGUCACAUAGACAUCGAUGACUGCACACCCGACCCUUGUGACCACGGCACCUGCGCAGAUGGAGUAAACAGCUACACCUGCACCUGCCAGCCUGGAUGGACAGGACACGACUGUCAUAUAGAUAUCGAUGACUGCACGCCAGACCCCUGUGACCACGGCACCUGCGCAGAUGGAGUAAACAGCUACACCUGCACCUGUCAGCCUGGAUGGACAGGAAAAGACUGCCACAUAGAUAUUGACGACUGUGCGUCUAACCCCUGUGAUCACGGAAGCUGUGCUGACAGUCUGAACCUUUACUCCUGUACAUGUCAACCUGGAUGGACGGGCGACAACUGCCACAUAGACAUAGAUGACUGCACACCCGACCCAUGUGACCACGGUGCCUGUGCUGACAGUAUAAACAACUACACCUGCACAUGUGAUGUUGGAUGGAAAGGACCCAACUGCAAUAUAGAUCAGACUACCAGUGCUACCACUACAAAGGAACAAACACUUGUCACCUCAGCCCCUGUCACUGCAUCUAAAUCACCAGGCGAAGAAGCACCAAAUAGCCCGGGACCCGGAGUUGUAGCGUGGGCUGCAGUUGGGUGUUUUACCGGCGGGUUACUGCUUAAGCCCAGUGGCGACUACCAGGACCUGAGGACCGCCAUCUACCACAGUCUGCAAAAACACUGA